AUGUUAUGGGACGGCAGGGAGGCUGACCCAAGUGCAGAGAGGAAAACCCGUGAGGAAGGAAACAGAGACCAAUCAGAGAAACAACUGCAGAAAUACAUCUUGGACACGCUCACUUACAUCAAAACAGUGAGUGACUUUUGUGAAAUAGAAAAAGAAUGGACUGAUCAGAGAACAUCUGAGAUAAAGAAGAUAAGUAGCAUCAAAAGCCGUUCAGAGGCCCGUUUCAAAUGGCCAAAGCCAGAGGAGAAGCUGGAGAAGGAGCUGGGGGCAGUUCUGAAGGACACUCUGGAGGGGCUGGAGAAACUUCAGCACUUCCUAGACGCAGUGGAACAGCUAGCAGUGACCUCACUGUGUGUAUUCACAGAGGAGAUCUUCCUGCUGAAGGGAGUGAGUGCUAAUGCUGUGUAUUCUGUGAUCUCCACUGCCAGAGCUGUUUCUCCAUUACUCAUCCUCUUCAAAAGGGAUGUGAAAGCUUUCUUCCUGCCGAGGCUCAACAAUGUAGAGGUUCUGAAUUUCCAGCUGGAAAAAUACAUCUCAGUCACACAACAGCUCUGUGAGAGAAUGAGAUACGAGAGCCCAUUGCAGGAUAUAGGCAUUCACAUAUGGAAAAUCUGCAACCCUUCAUUGUGGUUCAGGCUGAAUAUGACUGGGACCAGGAUGUACAUGAGUGACCACUUGAGCCAGCUGAGCAAAAUCAGAAUGGACGAGUCAUUCAGGAUGACAUUCCUGUUUAAUGGGAAAGCCCAGGAAUUCAUCGACAUAUACACUGGAUGUCGCUCCAGAAUGAAUCAGUUCCUAUCAGGUCUAAAAGAGACCGAGGACAAGUUGGAUAAACUGAAGAAGGGCUCCAGAAUUUCCGCUGUGACUGGAAGUUCAGUAGGUGCUGCAGGAGGUGCCUUGUCCAUCACAGGCCUGGCUCUUGCCCCCGUCACUGGAGGAUUAUCCCUGGCCCUCACAUUCACUGGGCUUGGGUUGGGGGCUCUCAGUGGAGUCAACAGCGUAGUCACCUUCAUUACUAAAAUGGCUAUCAAGAAGAAACAAGGGAAAAAGGCCAGCAACAUCUUUGAGAGUUUUAAGGAGGAUGUGGAUAAGGUCCUAGAUUGUCUAGAGCAGAUAGGUAGAAGUCAGCGUCCUGCACCACACAUGGACAAGGGCAGUGUAGCAUUUGGGGCUGUGAAAGCAAUAGGCACGACUGGGGCGGUGGUCAAAAGCGUUAAAGAUAUGGUCCAGAAAGGACAGGCUUUGAGCGCUAGUGGACGGUGUACGGACGGGUAA